AUGCCAUCCGACGACGAGAGCUAUAGAAUAAGGCACAUCAUCUUGUCUAUGUUGCAGAAACAGAAACUUACCGCCAGGGCCCUCAAGCUGGAUCAGUCAUUCGUCCGGAGGUGUCUAGACGACGCAGCUAGUCUCGGGUGCCCCAUGGAACCCGUUGGUGACCUACCGUCCUUUCAUAGGUCCACCACCAUCGGCGCCGCGAUUGCUUUCUUUGCCUACAACUACAUCAAGGAUGAAGACGUGAAGGUUUACAUCGGAACGUAUACAUCUAUGAUCAUAUACAUCGAGGACGUCUUCGGUGACACGCCCGAAAUUGUCCACGACUUCAAUGCUCGGUUCACAUCGGGGAAGCCACAUCGGUCGCCUGUCCUCGCAGCAUUUGCGGAGCAUCUGCGUCGGACGUCGUUGUACUUCAAUGAUCGCCAAACAAGCGCUAUCAUCAUCGGGAGCCUGAAUUGGGUGGCGUCGCUCUGGAUGGAGGAUCACUUUCCCGACGUUUCUCAGUGUCGUCCCAUCGACGCGGCGGAUUCAGAAUUUCCGACCGAUGUACUCUUUAGCUGCAACUGCCGGUUUCCUGCGUACGUGCGUAAUAUGUCGGGUAACGGCGAGCCGUAUGUCAUGUUCAUGUUCCCAAGGGACAUGGAUUUCAAGGUCUAUGCCCAAGCUAUACCGACGCUGGCGUUAGCCAUCGACUAUCUGAAUGAUGUAAUGUCCUUCUACAAGGAGGAACUGGCUGGAGAGAGGAACAAUUAUGUCUCGCUUAUGGCAAAGCAUUAUGGUGCAGCCAAGCUAGACAUCCUCCAGCACGUCGCUGAUCAGGUUGUAUCUUGGCUGUCCACCGCUGAGACGCUGCUCGUUACGUCCCAGCUGGCUUGUGAAGCGCUGAGGCACUUCUCACAGGGCUAUGUGGAUUACCACUCCUCUGCUCCAAGGUACCGAUUGAGUGAGUUGAUGGGGGGUGAUUUCGUGGCCGGUCGAAGCGUAUAG